CCGUGUUGCCCUAGCAACCAGGUUACGAAGACGCGGUGGUUGGGCCUCCAGGUCUCUGGGUGCCCAGCCUCGGGUCUCUUCGCCUGCUCUGAGGGCUUUCAGCAUCAUGUCGAUGCGGACGCUGCCGCUGCUCUUCUUGAACUUGGGCGGGGAGAUGCUUUACAUCCUGGACCAGCGGCUGCGGGCCCAGAACAUCCCGGGAGACAAGGCCCGCAGAGUUCUUCAUGACAUCAUCUUAACCAUGUUCAAUAAAAACUUUGUAGAGGAACUGUUCAAACCCCAAGAGCUCUACUCCAAGAAGGCCCUCAGGACCAUCUAUGACCGCCUGGCUCAUGCCUCCAUUAUGAGACUGAACCAGGCCAGCAUGGAUAAGCUCUAUGACCUGAUGACGAUGGCUUUGAAAUAUCAAGUACUGCUGUGUCCCCGUCCCAAGGAUGUGUUGCUAGUCACUUUCAACCAUUUAGAUGCCAUCAAGGGAUUCAUCCAAGACAACCCAGCCCUCCUGCAUUUAGUGGAUGAGACUUUCCGGCAGCUGAUUGAAACAUACCGGGGUCUCUCUGCGGGGGAGUUCCAGCUGAUCCGGCAGACGCUCCUCACCUUCUUCCAGGACCUGCACAUCCGGGUGUCCAUAUUUCUAAAGGACAAAGUUCAGAAUUCUAAUGGUCGCUUUGUGUUGCCAGUGUCUGGGCCUGUUCCCUGGGGAACUGAAGUUCCCGGACUCAUCAGAAUGUUCAACAACAAAGGCAAAGAAGUGAGGACAGUGGAAUUCCAGCACGGCGGAAACUACGUCCCUGCACCAAAGGAAGGUUCUUUCGAAGUUUAUGGAGACCGCGUUCUGAAACUGGGAACUAAUAUGUACAGUGUGAACCGGCCUGUGGAAACCCACACAUCUGGGGCAUCGAAGAACUUAGCUUCACAGACACAGCAAAGCAUUGCUCCAAACCCUCUUGCUAAAGAAGAGCUGAAUUUCUUGGCCAAGCUGAUGGGAGGAAUGGAGAUUAAGAAAUCCAGUGGCCCUGAGCCAGGAUUCCGGUUGAAUCUCUUUACCACCGAUGAAGAGGAGGAACAAGCAACACUAACCAGGCCAGAGGAGUUAGCCCACGAAGUUGUCAACAUACAAGCUACUCAGGACCAGCAAAGGAACCAAGAGCUGGCUCGGAUCAUGGGGGAGUUUGAGGUCACCGCCCCGCCAAGGUGGAGCACCAGCAAGGGGGAUGAUUUGCUGGCUAUGAUGGACGAGUUAUAGCUGUGCUGACCAGGCACACCCCUCCUGCCACGAGAGAGGCUGCCUGAUGAGGACCCCGGGGGAUGCCCCAGGGAGCAAAAGGAUGCUGCUAGUUUUCUACUGAGUGAAGCCAUUACCUCUUAUUCCUGUUUAUGUUGGAAUGAACUGCACCAGUCUCCCUCAGGGAGCACACUCUCUGGAAGACACACACAUACACAUAUAUUUAGCAAAAUGUAUUCGAGCUUCUAAAUUGGACCUUUCCCAUUUUCCUUCUGGUUUUGUGACAUCCAUCCAAAUCAUCCUGAGCCACAGGAUCAGCCUCGAAGUAUAGGUAAGGGGCGCUCCCAUUGACAAAACUCUUGAUGACAACUUUCCUGUGGGGACCUACAGAUCACAGAUGCCUGAGAAUUGCCACCAAACUUCAGGGAUUUCUGGGAUAGACUCUGCCUUGUGAUUUUGAAAUAAGUGGAAAAGGCAGUUGCCUCAGGCAGUAGGGGCCCACUUUAGACAGCCCCCCUCUCCCUGGCACCCUGAGAACUGUAACCUCAGAGGCAGAGGAAGCGAAGCCAUGUGACGGGAACACUCAGCUGGGCCCCACACAGAGCGCAUGGGCAUCUGGAGUUCUCUGCACAUCUCCAUCCAUAUGUGGUAUGCGCUUCCCCCAUGUGGAGAUAUGUACCAGGGAAAUAGUUUGCUUUUCAGCAUGAUAUGUGCUCCUCAUGCCGAGAGUCUUCCUCAGCCUUAGUGUUCUUGCCUCUAAAGACACCCAGCCCCAUUCACCAGGACACCAGUCUCCUCUGCUUCUCCACCAGUGGCCAAGCAAAGACUGAAGUUGGAUACAUGGGAGGAGCACGUGGUGAGUCAUUUUUCCUUCCCUGUACCAGAUGAGCUACUUCCCUGGGCACGAUGCCAAGUCUAAUUGGGAUCCAUGUAAAAUAUCAGACCGGGGCUGCUUUCAUUGUUUCAGGAAGGCCUGGGACUGAGUAACUGGCGGGCUCAGGGCCAACCAACGUCCAGAGGUCAGGGCCCAUUCAGUCCUGUGGAAGGAGAAAAACUGAGCUGCGUUGGUCAUUGCCUGAGACUGGACCAACCACGGGGAACACUAGGGCCCCUCGGACCCUAGCAAGACUGGAGGCACAGCUCUGGAAUGUGAGAGCCAGGGAAGCUGUCCCUUAGCUUGCCAAGGCAUAGUGUUUGGUUACAGAAAGGCAAAUCACCAAAUAAAUUUAAUUUGCUUCCUGCCCAUGAAAGUUACACUUCCUUGCCUACAAAGACACCCCAAAAGGUGCUUUGGGGAGGAGAGGCAAAUCUUGCUGUAAAAUGCCUAUUACAGGGUUGCAAAGUGCCUUCUGUUUUAGUCUCUUUCAAGCAAUCUGGCCACCACUUGGGGUGGCCUGACUAGGUGACAUGAAAGGGAAGGUUCUAUCCCGUUUUGGGUCUGGCUCCACCAUGCUGCCACAAACCUGAAUUUCACUGUCUGCUCGGAGCAUGUCCCAGGACCUUGGAGGUUGGCCACACACUGCCGAGAAGCAGCAGCCUCCUCCCUCCACCUACUCCAGAGCGAUGCCGAGGAUUUCAAAUGUACCUGUCCUCUCGGUAAAUAAACAAGAUACAGAUCUCUGGUAAA